AUGAGCUCUUUAUUCUAUUCAGCUGACCGCAGAUCAAAUCCAGGGAAAGUUUUUUGAUCUCCAUUUACUGAUAGCAUGAUCCCUGAUUUAUCUCAAAAUAUGAUCUACGCAGGGUCUCUUUUUGUCAAUAAUUCUACAGGCCACCUUAAAAAGCGCCGUUUCAUUUUGACCAACAUUGGACUUUACUAUUGCCCAAGCGCUAAAUCUCCUCCUAAGAAAAUGUGUAUAAUUAGCUGAAAACUAUUAUCAGUUUUUACAGAAGAGAGUGAAAAUGGACCUAGACAUGGGUUUUCACUUUCUUCUGGCAAGGUGAGCCAUGAUUUUUAUCCUAUAACGCCGUUAAAGCUUCAGACUUGGGUAAAACAUCUUUCAAUAUAUGCAAUUGCAACAAGAUUGCAAGAUCAUUAUUUAAUAGUAAAAGAAGCAGGCCACGGCUCAACUUCAACGGUUUUUCUUGGGAUUGAGAAAGAAACCCAGCAAAAAUUUGCAAUUAAAUCAAUUUCUAACUCCUAGCUUUAAAAAAAAUAUAAAACUUAUUAUUGAAUGAUAUAAUAAUAUAUAAAAUCAAAUAAUUUCAUAAUGAUCAUAUAAAGAAAUAUUAGUUUUUAAUAAAAGAGCUUUACCGGCUUUGAUAAAUGAAAUUGAAUUUAUGAGAGUUUAUAAAUAAAAUAGCAAACGGUGCAAGAGAAUUUGUUCUGCCUCAUGGAAUUUUAUUAUCCACAAUAUCAUGAUACUCAUCGAAUAAGGUGAGAACUCUAAUUCAGUCAGAAUUAUCAGGAAUGGAUUUUUACUGCUUGACACUUCCGAGAAGGGAGACCCUUAGGUGGAGCACAUGUUGGAAAGGCAAGGCAACGCAGUCUGUGAGUUCUGGAGGCAAACUAGCUUCUACAAGCUUAGAAUGGUCCUUUAACUCGAUACAAAGAGUGACGUAGGAAAUUCCUGAUGAAGUCACUAGUUUUUCUCCUAUUCGGAGCGGGCUCUGUGACGCUUGCAAUCACCCUCGCGGAUCCAGACAACAUGAUAAACUUUCUAAUUAAUUUUAAUUUAUGAGAGUUUUAUCUCAUCCACGACUAGUGAAACUGCACAAAAUUUAUGAAGAUGAGCAGCAUGUCCAUUUAAUUCUAGACUACAUGGAGCAUGGAGACUUAUUUGCCAGACUUACAAGACGAGGCUCCUUCAGUGAAGAAACAGCCAUUAAGUUUACCAAAAAUCUUUUAGAAGUUAUCGAAUACGUUCACUCAAAAAAUAUCAUCCAUAGAGAUUUAAAACCCGAAAACAUCUUAAUGAUGGACAAAGAAAAUGACGUGGAUUUCAAAAUUGCAGACUUUGGCUUAGCCACUACUUCCAGCAAAGAUUUAACUUCAAGAUGUGGGUCGCCUGGAUAUGCUGCUCCAGAAUUGUUAUGGAAAACUCCAUAUGGAUUUAAAGUUGACAUUUUCAGUAUCGGGGUUAUUUUAUAUGUUCUGCUUACAGGGAGAGCUCCUUUUUAUGGAAGAAAUGUCCAAGAGCUAUUAGUAAAUAAUAGAGAAUGCAAUAUUAAUUUUUAUGAAAAACAUUGAAAGAAUAUUUCAGUAGAAGCUAUGAAUAUUGUAGUAAAAUUGACAGAAAAAGACCCAAAUCUGCGAUAUACAGCAACUGAAGCUCUGGCUCAUCCAUGGUUUAUUAAAAAAGAGAAUAAAAAAAGGACAUCAAAGCGCGCAACAUCAAAUGUGGUAAAAGAUAAUCUGAAUUUCAUCCCUCCUUAUGGGCUAUCUAGCACACAAAAUUACAGCAAUAACAGUCCUUCUUAUGCAUCUCAUGCUGUUCUAAAUGGAAGAUUUAAAAUAAAUAGAAAAAGUACAGUAAAGGUCCUCAUGGACCCAGUGAAGGAAGAUAGUCCAAGAAGAAACUAUCAAAAUCGGAAUUUAUUUAUAACACUGAGGAAACUGGAUCCCAUUGAGACAAGAAAAUAA